GCUAGGAGCCGCAAGCCUUCUGGAUUCUGAGCAAUUUAAUAGCCGCCUUCUCUACUCCCUCCUGCCCUGAAGAGUUAUUCUGCGCUCCCAGUGGCACUCCACUGCCGCAUGCCGUUUAGCACUUAUUGUAUGAUCGCAAUCACGCGGGUUUGAGCUAAUCGUCUUCCCAUAAUAAUUUGCACUUGCGUUUGGAGAUGUGGCUGCUUGCAUAACGGUGUGGAUGGGGGGCGAGCGGGGUCAUGAGGGUGAUCAUUACCUUUGAGUUGGAUUUUGGGGGUCGCUACCGUAGAAGGAACGCGCUCUUCCUAUCAAUAAUUCAUCCAUUCCUGAAGCAGCGGGAAAGGGGGGGAGAGCACACAGCUCCGGAGAUACAGAUUUUGAACUGCAGUCACCGGCGUAUCAUGUCACAAUCUGACAGUGCUUCGAGACGGGCUGACGAGGAGGACAAAGGAGGAUGAAGGAGGGAGAGGGACCGGGAGAGGCAGAGGAGGAAUAUAAUGAAGUUGAGUGGGAAAGGACUGUGUACCAUCGUCUCCAGCGCCCUUCUCUUCGUCUGCGCGGUGAGCGAAGUUGUUGUCGGAUUCAAAUGCAUCUCGCUGGGCACCAAAGUAAAAGUGCAUUUUCACCUGUCGACCGCGGCCGGGGCUUUCUACUCCGGGAUACUGGUCGGACUCGGGCAGGCGCUGCUGGGCUUUGCACUGCUUUGUUGCAAAGGGAAGCCCGGGUGUCGGAAUUUCUUUCUCCUGGGUAUCCUGGUGUUUUUGUUGGGAGUUCUCACCGCCUUCUCCGGCGCGGUGGUGGACGGAGACACGGUGUCUCUGGUGGAGCGCAAAUAUUCCCAUUAUUGCCUAGACAUAGACUCCGUGGAAUUAACCGCCAUCUGCAACCAACUGAAGGAUUAUCAGAGAAGUCUAGUCAUCUCAACCAUUCUAAGCACUUUGGAAUGCCUUCUCGGGCUUAUGAACUUGGUGAUCAUCAAAAGGUACAAAACAGCGCAGUUCUACAGACGGAGGCAAUCACAGAGGCAGAGUGCGGGGACUAUUAUUUUCAGCGAGGAGCAGGACUUUACCGUGUCCGAAUUCCAACCGGUUUCCUACAUUAACUUGGGGGUAUUUCACGUGUUCGACGAAGCAGGUGUGGAAGUACAAUGCGGUGGCCACCCGUCUAUCGAUCUCCCGGGUUACUCACCCACGGAUCCCGAGCUCAACCAUUCCUACCCCUUUUCUUACCCGCUCCCGAACGAGUUACCGCCCGCGUACGAAGACAUUUUCCCUGGAGACGAAAGUAACAAAUAGCAACUCUUCCCUGAACAAACAAAAAAGUUGCAACAUGGGCUCUAAAUUCUGCAGUGACAAUCACUGGCUUUCUCCCUUCGGUCUAUUCAGUGCUGGGACAAACAAUCAUGGAGAGAUUCUCAUCUAAACCGUUUUUUCCAUUCACAGCCCCAAACAGCAUCGCCUUCAUGCUUAUUUUAAUCAGCAAAGGUAGCCUCCUGGUCCACUUUAUGUGCAUCUACCAUUAUGUUGCCAAUGAACUAGUCUAUUACCAUCCAUCGAUAUAGUCGAAAUUCCAUGGUAAUAAAUACAUACACCAGAUCCAUAGACCAUUUGAUGCUAUCAUACCAGUCCAGAUAUCAAAGCAGCAGUUGUUUUGAGUUCAGAUUGGAUACACAUCAUAUGCCCAAAUAGUUUGCUGUUGUUAUUGUUUUCUUUAACAUAUGAAUAAAAGUGUAUUUACUCUCACCUGAUGUUAGAAGUUCUAUUCAAAAGCCAACCUGCAUUUUACCUGACUAAUACUCUAACAUCCACAAUGGACUUUUAAUGUGUCUUGUACACCCAACAGGUGUAGCUCAUUAAAUUAGGCUAGUGCUUGAUUAACAAGACCACAGACAGGCCCACAUUAUUCCUAAUCGAAAAUGAAUUUCCUUUGCCAUAUAAAUGCAAUACAGUAGUAAUGAAAAAGGUAGAUGUAUUCCCCUUCCACCAUUUUGCUCACUUAGCGGAGCCAAUUGCUCUUGUUCUCGCUGCAGUAUAACCUAAUGGGUAGCCUGCAUUUGUCUCACAUGCUUAAUUAAAUAGCUACUAAACCAUUGAGUAUUAUAUCUGCAUCCCAAAUAGCACACUAUUCCCAUAGUGCUCUGGUCAAAAGUAAUGCACUGUAUAGGGAAGUGGGUGCCAUUUGGGAUACAACCAUUCACUAGUAUCCAUCACCAGAGCACCACACCUCUCAUUCACCCCCUAAGUGGCAGGUAGAAACCCUCAUUGAUGACUUUUUUGCUGAAUUUCACCCACUGUUGUGUGGAUGUGAUGCUCUCUCUCUCACCUGAUAAGAUUACUCGCGUUGGGUGUGAAAUCACUUCCUCAGCCGUUGCUAUGAACUUUGAUAAUACCUCUGUUUCUUGUGUGCGACUAACGAGUAUUAUUGGCCAUAAAUGGGGUUAGAUAUUCAUGUGAUCUCGGAGUACAGGAGUUCAACAUAUUUAGAAAGACAUACUGUACUGUAUGGGACAGUGGAACUGUAGGGCUGUAUGCCUCUGAACUGUAGUGAAUCACCUGAUAUAUACUGUAUGCCCAUUUCAAAGCAAACUGUGACACUUGUUCAGUUCAAACUGCUGUCUUUACAUGGUCAUAGUAUUGUUAUUGGUAAAAGGGAUACAAUAUAUUGUGAGUAGAGAUAAACAACUAGUUUGUUUGUUUCCGGGGGAGAUAAUGGAUUGAAUGGGUCUACAUGCCCAUAUUGGGGGUCUUUUGAAAAUAGGGAACAGUCAUUUGAGCAUAAAGACAUAAAGGUCCAAUAUUGGUGAACCAUGGGUGGCAUAUGGUCCUACAAAACUGCAGGGCCUGCUAGUUGUUGCAGUUCAUUAUAGUCUGAGAUCUCAAUGAGAAAGUAAUUUCUGUAAUUGCCUAGGGACCACCAAUCUUUUGUUGUUGUUAGUUCUCAGUUUUACCUUGGAUAUUUUACAGAACAGUUUGCAUAAUAGGAUAUCUGUAUGAGUAUGCUUGCAUAUAAUUAUUUCCUACAUGUGAUAUACUGUAAAACUCUUUAUUUUACAGUGGUACUAAUGGAAUUCUGUCAUUACCAAGCACAACAUAUGUAGAGUAUGUACUUGCAGUUACAGUAUAUAGUGCUCAGUAGCGAUCUAUCAGUAUCCAACUUGGAAUGUAUUGCUGCAAGUCUCUUAGAAGCUAUUUGACAUUAUUUGGGUCAUAUGUUACAAGGACACUAUGAUGUAAGACUUGUCUAAAAUGUUACAUUGAUGGCAUCUUGGCAUCCUGUCUUUCUGAACGGUCUAUUGUACAUCGAAACAUUUAAUGGUGACUAAAGUUAUCCUUGGUUGA